AUGGGAGUCACUGCUGAAGAAUCACGAGGUUUUGUUUAUGAAUUGAUCAGCACUUCAAUGUAUUGUAUCACAUAUUUGAGAAAUUUAUUCCGUGAGACAAGUUACUACGAUACAAAAUAUUUCGACACAGUUGAUCCAGAUUUAACUUCAAGUUAUAUUUGUGUGAAAAAAUUACGUAAGGGGGCUUCCAAAUCAAGUGAUAUUUUUGUUGAAUAUAUUGAAAGAGGAAUAUUUCAAGCUAUCCAAUUGAAAUAUUUAAAAGGUGUUCUGUUUAACAUUCAUUCAUCAAAAAAUUCUCCCUUUAAUUCUGAAGAAAGUUAUUUGUUUGGGAUAGAUUAUAUAAACAAUCAAGUAUCUCUAAAUGGCAGUAAUGAAGAAAUUUCCAGUGAUUCAAUUACCAAGUCUAUCUAUUCACUUGUUAAGAGGUUGAUUGUCUUGACUCAAACGUUAGAAACACCAAGAAAACAAAGAUAUUUCACCAUCAGGUUAUUGUACAAUGAGACUUGUCCUAGUGAAUACCAACCACCAUAUUUCCAAGAUGCAACAUUGUUGGAACCGAACGUAAUUCGUCUUGAAGCAGAUAGUCAAGGAAUUGCAAUUGGAACUUUACAAACAGGUGAGUGCAAAUCUAGUAUUAAUGUAUUGGUUGAAAAAAGGAAUAGUAAUACGUGUGUUGAUGUGGAUCCUUUUGACUUGCUUGCUGAUGAUUAUAAUGGUUUUGAUGAUAGUCCAUUAAGUACGCUUCAUUUGAGUGAAAAGUCUCCUGAAGCAGUUGAAGUUACUCAAAUUCUUGAACCUUCAAGACUAGUUAAAUGUAAAAUUUGUGAAAACGAAAUUGAUCCUGUGGCAUUGGGAUAUGAUCAGCCUUUGGUAAGAGAUAUACCAUGUUUUGAAUGUUUAUUCAAAGGAAAUAUUGAUCCGGAAUUGAUUAUUCUUCAAAAAGUAAGAAUAUUAUGGAACUUUUACAUGAAUCAUGAUUUCCCCAGUUUCAAGAAAUCCUUAGAUAUUAUUAAAAUAACAGACCCGGAAACAAUUAAAAAAAUAUUCAACCGAUUAUUUAAUGAUGGGAUUUUAGUAACCACUAAUAAAGCCACCCUUGCAACAAAUUCGGCUGAGUUUCAAAAGGGGUCUGGUAUUUUUUCUUCCACAUUAGAAGGGAUAAUUGAUAAUCAUGGAUGUGAAUUAAUUGCCAAUCGUGAAUAUUUUGUUUCUUUUGUACCAAAGCUAAGCGAAAAAUUAAAUUUUUUGGAUUUUGAUACCAAAUUAAGGAAAAUCUAUUUUCCAAACUAUAAGAUCCUUAAACUAGCCUUUGUGAUGAGUAAUUUGGACAAGUUCAAGAAAACUAACCCAAUUGUUCAUAAAGAACACGAAAAUGAUGAUGAUGUUGUUCCUGUAACUGCAUAUAUGCAUUCACGAGUCUUGAAUAAUUCACAAACACAAUCAAGUGAAUCAAGUUUUUCACCAACAAGUGAUUAUGUCUCUAGAUCAUCAAUUAAGUUCACCUUUACAAAUAAAGAAACUUCACCUACUACUGCUCACUCAGAGGAUGAUGAUGACGAUGAUAACGAUGAUAACCAAAAUAUAAAUUUAAAGGAUAGUAGCUAUGAUGCAUCAGAAAUUUCGCACAAUCUAGAUGAUCUUUCUUUUGCCGAAUCAUUACAAUUAUUAUCCCAACAACUGGUCAUUCUGAAUCAGCAAAGUCCAAUAGAAUUAACCCAGGUUAUGAACAAAACUAGAAAAGCAGAGCUGAAUGUCUAUUACAAGAAGAAGAAGAGAAGAAAAGUCAGUAUUAAUAAGAAAAUUUAG